GUGACGAGAGACCUCGAAUCCAUAUUUAAAGAUGCUAAGCUUUCUGAUUUCACAAUUGUCGUCGGCGACAAGGAAAUUCCUGUUCAUAAGGUAGUACUAUCAGCUCGAUCUCCAGUUUUUGCUGCGAUGUUGGAGCCACAUACAGAAGAAGCUAAGACUAGUCGGGUGGUUCUUGAGGAUGUAGAUUACGAGGUUAUGCACGAGUUACUAAUGUACAUGUACUCUGGUCGUUCUCCAAACAUACAGUCAAUGGGUUUGGAACUUCUAGCAGCUGCAGAUAGAUUUCAGCUACCAGGACUAAAGGAAAUGGCAGAUCAUGUUUUACGAAGUGGUUUGAUUGUCGACACUGCCUGUAAGUUUCUCGUCUACGCUGAUAUGUAUAAUUCGGCUGACUUGAAAAACGAAGCUGUAAAAUUCAUUGCGCAGAACAUCAACAGCGUUAUUCAGACCGACACCUGGGCUGAGUUGACUAGGGAUCAUGGAUGUUUAGUGACGGAAAUUGUCGCCCACAUGUCUAAUGAGCGAAAGCCGUGCGCAGGUAGUGUGAACACUAAUGCGAGCACCACUCAUGCUAUGUCAUUAGGCACAUCCGGAGCCGAACCGCCUGUGAAACGUAUACGGUUAUUAACACACGAUUAA